AUGUCUUUAUUUAAUUUAUAUAAUACAAAGGAUAUUUUUUAUAUUCAAAAUGACUAUAUACCUGUUCUUAUUAAUAAAUCGUUAUUCAAAAAUUCUGAAAAAGCCAUUAAAAGAAUAAAUAACAUAAAUGUACCACUUUAUGUUUUGUAUGAUUUUGAAUUACUUACAAAAAAACCACCUAAUUCAUUUAUUUUAUUUAAAAGUGAAAUAUUUAAACUUGUAAAAUUAAAAUAUCCCAACACUACAUCUCGUGAAUUGUCGAAAAUAAUAGGAAAUAUGUGGAAUAACACGACAAAAGAAAACAAAUUGCCAUAUAUUGAAAAAUCAAUAAAAAUUAAAAAAGAACAUGAAGAGUUAUAUCCGCUUCAAAAAUAUAAAAAAGUUAUGAGAAACCUUAAAAAUCGCGAAUACAGAAAAAAAAAAGAAAUUACUAAUAAAUCGCAAAUAUUAAAAAUAAAAAAUUUUUUAAUCCAAGAAUUUGGAAUUAUAUAA